UUUGUUCGAGAUUGUGCCGGAAGCGAAGGCCCUCAUAUCCAUGACCAAGGACUACACGGGACCUAUGAGGGACAACAAGGCGCUCCAGGAACACGCCACCACUGUGCUGAAGAAGGUGGUCAACAUUGCCACGAAUCUGGACAACGAGAAGCAGGUAGAGAUGUACAGGAAGAGUCUUGCAUCUCUGGGCGAGAAGCACACUGGAUACGGAGUCAAGCUCAAGUAUGCUGCG